AAUUUGCGUGAUGGCGCGCCGGCAUGGAUAUAUGUUUGUUUGCUGAAAAACACCCUCCUGUCUUUGUUUAGUUUAGCCGAGUUAUUGACGUUAAAGCCCCCCUGCACGGAGGAGGAUGCGCCUCUCUCCACCCGGAGCAGCGAGCGCGCGCAUCGGCCGUGGACGCACGGGGCUCGAACACCUGCUUCGGAUAAAAGAGGGAUCCUCCAUCCUUGUUUUUAUCACCCACGAAGCGUGCAUGUGGAACUGAUACGGACGCGAAGCUCAUUUGGAAGCCAAAAUAUUUUGGAGGAUUUUUUGUAUUUUAUACACAGGAGACAAUUAAAUCCCCCCCUGCAAGGAUGCCGGGAGGACCUCUGUCCCUCUACAUCGGCAUGGAGGUGGCCAUCGCGGUGGCGUCCGUCAUCGGCAAUGUGAUGGUGGUGUGGGCGGUGAAAAUCAACAGAUCCCUGCGGGACACCACCUUUUGUUUCAUCGUCUCCUUAGCCCUGGCCGACAUCGCGGUGGGAGCACUGGUCAUCCCCCUGGCCAUCACCAUCAGCAUCGGACUCCAAACUCACUUCUACAGCUGCCUGCUGGUCGCCUGCACCGUGCUGGUGCUCACGCAAAGUUCCAUCCUGGCGCUGCUGGCCAUCGCCAUUGACCGUUACCUCAGGGUCAAGGUCCCCACCAGGUACAAGAGUUUGGUGACGCCUCGUCGAGCGGGGAUGGCGGUGGUGGCGUGCUGGACCGUGGCUUUCAUCGUGGGUCUCACCCCCAUGCUGGGCUGGAACAACCUGGGGCGUCUUCAACAGAACGGCUCCAUCGGCCCCGACCUGGUCAUCACCUGCCAGUUCGAGAACGUCAUCAGCAUGGAGUACAUGGUCUAUUUCAACUUUUUCGGCUGGGUGCUGCCGCCGCUCUUGCUCAUGCUGGUCAUCUACGUGGAGAUCUUCUACAUGAUCCACAAGCAGCUCAAUAGCAAAAAGUUCACCAGCAGCCACACCGACCCCAACAAGUACUACGACAAGGAGCUCAAUCUUGCUAAAUCUUUAGCUCUGGUCCUUUUUCUCUUUGCCAUCAGCUGGCUCCCCCUGCACAUCAUCAACUGCAUCACACUCUUCUGCCCCAGGUGCCAGAAGCCCAUCAUCCUCCUCUACGUCGCCAUCCUGCUCACCCACGGCAACUCUGCCGUCAACCCCAUUGUUUACGCCUUCCGCAUCAAGAAGUUCCGCACAGCCUUCCGCAAAAUCUGGCAGCAGUAUGUCUGCUGCAAGGACACUCCUGCUCUGGAGAUCCAGCCCAGUGACAGGAGGGAGAUGUCCAAUCUAGAGCCGCUGAAAGCCACGCCGCUGCAGCUCCCUUGGAAGAGGAAUCAGACAGCCGACACCUUGCAGCUCUCGCCUCAAGCUGGGGAGUACCUGGACCAGAGGACCGAAACCUUGCACAUGAAAGACCACCCCCGCUUGUUGGAGCAGAAUGCAGUUUAAACUGCAAGCUGUCAGGGGAUUACCAAUCAUAGCACAACAACUGUCCAUCCUCAUUGGGAAUGUAUUCUAAUGAGGAGGAGGACUUCCUCCAAAGUGCUCGUGGAUGCUGAGAUGAACUAACCUGACUCUCGCCAGAUCCUUGUAGUUCGCUGAGCUCCACACAAGAAUCUGGGACUUCUCAAUAGGAGAUGUAUUUCAGAAGGCGGGGCCUUGUAAAAAAAAUAAUUGUAUGUGAUUGGAUAAACUACUUGUCUGUUAUCUUGAAUGACGUGCUACUUCAACCACUCACAUGGAAAUCAACCCGUGACGCUGAUGAGAGCGACGCUGGGAAAUCCAAAAUAGAACAGCCGACAUAUUGGAUAACAAUCGAGCGAAAAGUUCUCUGUUCAUCUUUUAAAGAAUUAAUAUUUGAUAGAUUCGACAAAACAGUUGCAAUAGCAGAAUCAAUGUCAGCACACGACUCCUCGCUGUGUGCCGCUAUUGUUGUUUGAAUCAAACAGUCGCUUCGGCGCUACGUCACGUCUAUGAAAUCCCGCCCGGCGAUCCUGAUUGGUUCAUUAUUUUUGCUAUCUUGAAGGAGUUUGCAUUGCCCUCGAGCCCAGAUCCUUGUGUGGAGCUCAGCGAACUACAAGGGUCUGGCAAGAGUCAGGUUCGAGAUGAACACGAUCAACAGGAAGAUCAUUUGCCUUUACUCAGGAGGAGUGCGUAACACUGGAAAUCUGAGCUGGAAUAAACUUGCAAUAAUUGAAUAUAAGUCUAUGACAGUAACAUUAUGUCCAUCUUAGUGUGGGAGGCGGUUUCAUUCAUUUUGAUGCAUCAGUCCGUUUGAAAUAAGCAAUUGAAGACAUUGUGGUUUAUGAGUAUCAAAGUCAGAUUUAUACAUUACUUGAGUGAAGAUGAACACAAUCAACAGUUAAGCCAUUUCUUGGGCCAAUUUUAAGUCGUUAGGCAUUGUCAGUUCUGCAGUGUUAAAGUGGGUAAAGGAGGCCAUUGGCAGCUCCCUAUACUUAUUAUUCCUGCAAACUCUUUGACCGUUUUUAAUCACGGCGCCUGCACAAAGUGGAUAAACAGCCAGCUAAAGUCACAUUGCGAAGGGCAUUCAUUUAUCGCAACUGGAGUGUUCAGCUUGUUUAGGACAGGGGUGUCCGAAGUGCGGCCCGCAGCCCAUUCUAAAAAUAUUACUAUAAAUUAUAAACACCUAAAAAGUGGAAUAAAAGGGCAAACAGGUGUAAUGUAACGGGAAAAAAUUAAAGUAUUGAUACAUUUUCUGUAAAUAAUAUUUGUUUCAAACUGACAAAUAUCAACAUUUUUCACUAUGCGGUCCUCAGUGGAUGAAAGUUUGGACACCCCUGGCCAAGGAAGACGCUUCACCUCUGAUUCAAGCUGGCUCCGUCAGUUCAUGCUCAGACUUAGAACUAACAUGGAGUGGCCUAGUGGUUAGAGUGUCCGCCCUGAGAUCGGUAGGUUGUGAGUUCAAACCCCGGCCGAGUCAUACAAAAGACUAUAAAAAUGGGACCCAUUACUUCCCUGGUUGGCACUCAGCAUCAAGGGUUACAAUUGGGGGUUAAAUCACCAAAAAUGAUUCCCGGGCGUGGCCACCACUGCUGCUCACUGCUCCCCUCACCUCCCAGGGGGUGAUCAAGGGUGAUGGGUCAAAUGCAGAGAAUAAUUUCGCCACACCUCAUGUGUGUGUGACAACCAUUGGUACUUUUAACUUUAAUGUCUUGUAGAACAACCUGCACACUCCAGUUUCCACUGAUUCAAUGCCCUGAGAACACAUUGACAAUAUUCACACAGGGAAGAUUGUUGUAGUAAGUGUACAUGCGCUUUGGUACAGAUCCAGACGCACACAAUGACAAAAAGCAUAAUGUUUCUCAGUUUAGGUUGUUUUUAGCAUCAGCACUAAUGGCGUCCCAGUCCUAUAUUUAUAUCAGAUAUCAGCAUAACAAGUAUCGGAUUAUAUUGCGUCUAAACUUUCCCAUAUAAAUCUCAAAUACAAUCAGUCCUGCAGCGCAUUUACUUGUGCAAAGUUGGACAGCCAAUUAACAUCUAAAUAUUCUGCAACAAUCACCCACAGUUGGUCUUUUCCUGUAUUUUUCAAGUCAUUUACAAAUAGAUAAAUACUGUGGCCUGUGACUCAGAGGGAGACAAUCGAUAGAAAAUGGAUGGAUGAAUAGUUAGGCUGUAAGUUACUAGGAUCUAGCAGCUACACAACAGCUAAGCACACAGUAGCAUACAAGCUAGACAUAUGUAAAAACUGACCUUAAUUGAACAAUAUUCUAGUCUAAAACACAUUUGUCAAUAUAAACAAGGAUCAAAUUAUAAUAGUUGCAUAUUACUUACAGAUACAAAGCCUCCAAGGCAAGAAAUGAUCCAGUAACAAACGUGUCCGCAUCAUUCAAUUUACCGCGUCCCCAUCUUAAUUUAAUGGAUUAUUUGGCCGCUCGGUGUGUGGCCAAAUACUCCAUUAAAUAAUAAAAAAUUUAAAAAAUUACCAGGCCACUUCAAUUUAAAAAAUGACAUUGAUCUAUUCCAGACAUUUAGAAAUAAAUAUGUUAGUGUUUCUAAUACCUACUAUUGUUCUCCGUUUGAGUAAUGUUACUUGAACAACCUUUUUGUAACAUGCCACACUGCAACAUAGUCAAAGCGUGUAUGAUUAAUGGUGAUAAUGAAUAGGGUUAAUAUCAAUAGCAGCCAAUACUCAAGACCUCAAUAUCGGUAUCAUAUCGGAAGUAAAAAGUUGUAGCGGGCCCCCACUAAUUAACGUCAUGCAUCCAUGUAAAAUGUAUGUAUAACAUCCCCUAUGUUGUGUGUUCAAAAGGCUUCGGGAAAACAUGCCAGCAAAUACUGUAUAGUACGGAUAUCCUCAGAGUUUCAUUAGUCAAAUGGUCAAAAUCUUACAAGCGAUUAGUCGCUUUAAGUCUCACCCGUGUCCUCACAAAGACGUUUUAGUUGAUGGCGGCCGUGGUUUUUAACCAAUCUUACUCAAAUAUUAUUGUCCCUCGUCUUUUAAAAUGACAGCAGUGAUUGGUCUAAAAACCCACAAGGUAGGCUACAGCGGGUGUUCAGUAUAACGCAAUAAAGGGGAUGUUUGCAACUUUUAUGAGGCUACCUAGAGGGUGCCAACACUCCAAAGUGAUGUAAUCAUUUUUUCCAGCCUUAUUUCAGUGUUCUGUAGAUGCAAUGAAUCUAAGUAAUGCAGAAAUGUAAUUGAAGCUAUCUGUAUACAAUUAAUACCCUAAACGACGCUACAUAUUUUAAAAUUUUUUGUCAUUUAAUAUAAAUGUUUCACACUACUAACAAUCAAUAUAUGAUUUAUUGUGCUUUUUUAAUCCACACAUGAAACCAUAACCCAAUGAAAUUUACACAUUAGCUUGUUUAAUAGUUUGUAGGGUGAAAUAUCAAAUGACAAAAAUGUGUAAAAAUAAAAAAAUUUAAAAAAUGCAUAAAAAUACACAGUAUGUAUAUUAAACGACAAAAUACAAAAAUAUUGUGGCAGUUAUUGUAACGAUAGUACUCAGGGAAAGAUGCAUUCAAUGCACAAUUACAUGUCUGCAUUUCUGUGAAUCAUACGCAUGGGCAGUUGCAUUGGGUGCAUGAAUUCCAAUGGGGAGCAUGUCACACCAGAAUACAUGCUUUUAGCAUCAAAACUACAACCCCCCCAACACACACACACACACACACAUUACCUUUGUGUGUUGUCAGCCAAUGAUAGCGAUUUGUUAAAGUUUAGCUUCUAACGUUAGCUAUCAUUGAAUGUAUAUUAUUUUACAUGUGGUUAUCAGAAAACACAUAGCUCUCCAAGUACCAUCAUAAUGACCAACAAUUAAAAUGCAAGAGCGUAGUAGUCCUAAGUAUUCAUUAAAAACUAGGCAGAGGUUUUAUUUGACAAACAUAUCUUAAAAUUUUAGCCGCUGUAACAUUACACUCGGUUUAAACAGUAACACUGUGUUUGAAUAUAGGAAACAAAAACACUGUUGAGGUGAUUCUUUGGCUACAUGGAGCCCGCGUAACACGACCAAAAGUUCGAGAAUCACUGUUCUAUUAAAACAACAGCGUGACUGCAAUUUGUUAGUCGCUUCUCUGGGACUGCUUUUGUGUACGUGCACACGCUGUGAGUGACAAGCCUGAACACAAAACUAAUUCGUUUAGCCCAGGGGUCCCCAAACUACGGCCCGCCAGCGUCCAAAAUCCGGCCCGCGCGAAGUAAAAAAAGUUUAAAUUAUUUAUUUAUUUAUUUUAAAUUAAUAUUUUUUUUAAAUCUCUCCUUUCUAAUCCAUUUUCUACCGCUGGUUACUCUCGGUGUCUCCUCGCUGCUCAGGCAAAUCAUAUUGUCUAAAAAUGCAUUUUCCCAUCGAUAACGUGACAUCAUCAGCGGGAAGUGCGCGCUCU